AUGGUGGUUACCGCGUGUGACGUGGUGGAUGUGGACUCGAGCGCGAAGAGUUUCCCUCAAGAAAUGCUGUACCUCGUGUGCAUCGUGAUGCCUAAAGCCCCGCGUGAAUUCAUCGCGGACACGCGGCUGCAGAAGCUUGUGUGCGUUGCGUUGAGACACAACGAUGCUCUGCUGAGGAAGCAGGGGCUGCAUAUCCUCAAGGUUGCCUUCUCGCAUUGCGCCAUGAGCUCAGAGGAGACCGAGACGACAAACAUCAAGAAGGCGAAGCUUAAGAGUGCGAAGCCGACAGCGACUUGGGUGGAUACGUGGCAGAACUUCCUCACGGCGUCGGAGGUGAUCCAGAUGCACCACGAGCAGCACCUGAUCGAGCAGGUGUGGCCCCAGGUGGCGGAUCUAUUGACGAAAUACCUGGUCGUCGGUACCAGCUCAAAGCUGCCGCAAGAGUCUGAGCAGUGGCCUGUGCUGCUCACGUUCGACUGGAUGCAAAGUCUGCUGGUUCGGCUGUUCGCCCACGACAAUCCCGUCGUGAAGCGAUUGUUCAUCUCCAACUUCAUGGAGGUCUGCGUGCAGUCAUGGCUAACGAGGCACAACGUUGGCUAUGAUAUUGGUGUUGACCACGGAGCUUUGUUCGCCUGUGCACCCGCGUUCCAGCAGUUUGUGCUUCACAAUUUGCUGCGCGCGUGCAACGACCCCGUGCUCUACAAGCACGCCCACCGCGCUCGCUUCCAGGCGCUGGUGGCCAACUUCCUCGCGUCGUUUCUCGCCCUCCAGAUCACAGAAGGCGACGAGGCCUGUGUGCUCGAUGACUUUGUCUCUGCGAUUGAAGAAGCCAUCUUUGGUGAAGGCUCCGAUAGCCACUCCCCGGAGGCGCUGCUGAGCAUGCUACAAGUGUUCCAGUCUUCGCAGCUCAAGCGCGCAGCUUCCUCCACGUCCACCAAGACGCUCCUGAGCGCGGCAGCGGUCGACCGCCUUCGGUUCUUGCUGGAUGUGCACGCCAUGCAGUCCUUCUCGCACGCGAUGCGGACGAAGAUGCUGCGUGCGCUCACUCAUGCACUCACUGGAGGGUACGUCAAUGCCUCGACACUGUCGCUGUCGGCUUUGGCUCGUGUUCUCGGUGUCUUCCCUACCAGCAGUCUGGUGAGUGACAAUGGAGAGGCGCUGUUGCAGAUUCUAGCGUGGAUCAAGACAUCUACUGAUGCUGAUCGCUCGCCCUACUUCUCCUCAGCUCUAGCGUCGGCACUUCAAGCGUAUCUGAAGGAAGGAAGUAGCGGUCACGAACUGAGUGCUGCUCAGCUAUCGAGAUUGCUGCUGUUUACAGCUGAAGUUUCGGACGAUGCAGACACCUAUCGCCUAGAGGAAUCACUCGAACAUCGGGCUCCGUCGAAGGUGCAGUUGUGUGCUCCAAUUAGCACUUUGCUGUCCAGCACUCCAGUGCAAGAUUUGGAUAGCGAGCGUCUUGUGCUCGUGAUUGCCAAGUUUGAAGAUCAGGUCCAGGAACUCGUGAGCCAUUGCUCGUCCCAGUCGGAUUUCAAGUUUUCGCUUCAACGUACGAGCUUCUACAAGGGUCAAGUGAACUCUUCGUUCCUGUUUGCUUGCGCUAUGAUGCUAGUCCGAAGGUGGCUUGAUGCGAAAUCUUCUAGUGGUGGAGUGGAAGCUGACGAUCACGAGAAGGAGAAUGUCAUGAAAUCCGUGACGGCCGCUGUGUUUGUGCUCACUCAGAUGAGCACAUACAAGAUGAACUCCACAGGCGACGUGGGCGAAAUCGAGGCACUUGGUGCUCUUUGUCAAGAGCUGAAGAGAGUUCUAGCAGCAGCAGCGGACCGGACUGUCUUCGACUUGGCUUUGGCUGCAAAGUGCUUGUCCAUUACCGGAGCCAACGGCGCUGCGCUCGACUCUCUGCAGGCGUUUGAGAGCGAUCGUAUCCUCCCGCUUCUUCUCGCACUUGAUACGGCGCGGCGCUAUAGCGGGAAGCUCGACGCCAAGUGUGCUAUCAGCCUGGCUGCGGACAAAUGGGUAUUGAUCCAGCAGGUCGUUGACGCCAUGCUGUAUAUUGACACGAAGCUGUUGAGAGCUACGUACGACGCCUGUGUAGACGCGCUGCCUACUGCAGGCAUGGACCCGUCAGCUUUGAUCCAAAUGGUGAACGUGCUCUCACUUACGCUAUCACAACUGGCUAGCUCGCUUGCCAGCUCUGAGGGUGUUGAGCCUCUGGACGCUUUGCUGGAGGAGAUUUGGAGCGCUUACAGCGACAGCAAGGCGAAACCCGACGCACUUACGCGAGCUGUGGUCGUGUGCAUGUUCCAGCCAGUGUUCCUGCUCCGUCCCGAACUCACCGCUACGAUGAAGCGCUGGAUCACAGAGUUCACCCGCUUCGGCUCCAGACAUCGCCCCAACGUGAUCUUCCACUUGGCUUGCCGCUUAUGCCAGACGUGGCGAGCUCACCCGGCUUCAGCUCUUCGCUUCGCUGACGAACUGGUGGAACUCCUGCUCUACAAGGAGCCGCUGAUCGACGAGAAGGAGCAGCUGGCGACGGACGCUACCGCUGGCGCUCCAUUCCAGGGCUUUCAAGGUUUCUCUCCUGUCAACGACGACCAGGUUGUAGCCAUCAAGACCGACGCCAAGGACAGGUUCGUCCGACUGGUGGUGCUGAGCUUCCUGGAUGACGUCGCGGUGGAUUCAACUGCAGACUCGCAGCAGCUUAUGAACGCACUGCUCACCCGGCUGCUUGCGCUCAACGUGACGCCCGACUGGCAGAAGCAGCACAUGCUCAACAGCGACGGCUUCGGCAAGAAGUUGCGGUCGUGGCAGGCGCUCUGCAUCAUCAGCGCGCACACUACCAAGCCUCAGCUCACAGAGCUGCUACCCACGCUUCGAACGGCCUUUGCAGUCCCGCAGCUGCCAAGCGUGCGCUACUACAUGGAGCUCUUCGGUAUGCGGAUGGCUACCAAGUUCCCUCGCGAGAUCUGCUCGGGUCUGUUGCUGCCAAUGCUGCGUGAUGCCAACUUGAUGCCGCAAGUUGGCGCCUCUCUGCUGCUCGUAGCUGCGUACCUGGCCAACUACAAGCUGGACGACGACAGCCUGGACGUCGACUGUGGAGAGCUGCUGGAGACGAUGCUGCCGUGGUUGAACACGUCUCACGGAUACACUCGAGUGCUGGCGCAGUUCCUGCUGGCCAAGGUCCUCCCCCGCCACAUCCACCAGCUCCAGACGGAGUCGAGUGAUACACCAGGUCUGCGCUUCCUCGAGGGCACUGCGCGCUAUUUGAGCAACAACAAGGAGUGCAAGCGCAUGCUGCGCCGUCAAGCGCGUCAGCUGGAGGAGUUCCGCCCGGACUACGAGAGCUCGUUGCUCGGGAUGCUCUCUUCGGGCUUCAUCAGCGAGUUCGGAGAGCUCCUGCCGCGCGACGAGGCGCUGCGCUUCAGCGAGCAGCUCAAGACGGCCAUGAACGAGCUCUACGCGCAGUACCAGCUCGAGAACUUCACGCCAGCGCCGGCUUCGACCGACAAGCCUACGGAGGCUCCACCCGCUACUGCGGCCCUUACCGUCCAGCGCAAGAUCGACACAACGGCGCUGUUACUGGAGGACAGCGCGCUGCCCUCAGCCAUGCGCGCUGACUUCGAUGCCACUCGGCGUGGGGACACGCUCAACGCACGUCAACGGCCUCGCCAGCCUCUCAUCAUGUGCGCGAGCCUGGUGGACAAGAUCCCGAACCUGGCCGGACUGGCGCGAACGUGCGAGAUCUUCAACGCGCAGAAGCUCAUUGUGCCCAACGUGCGUCUGGCUCAACACGACGUGACGUUCGCUACAGUGAGCGCUACAGCUCACAAGUGGAUGCCGCUGGAGGAGGUCCGACCUCUGGGCGACGACCUUCGUCGGGCGCUGCUGCGCUGGAAGAGCGAGGGCUACACCAUCGUGGCGGUGGAGCAGACGGCCAACAGCGUGAGCCUUGCCAACUACACGCUGCCCCGCAAGAUGGUGCUGGUAUUGGGUCGCGAGAAGAAGGGGAUCCCCGUGGACGUCUUGCAGCUGGUGGACGUCUGCGUUGAGAUCCCGCAGUUUGGGCUCGUGAGAUCGCUGAACGUGCACGUGAGCGGGGCCCUAAUGCUGUGGGAGUACACGCAGCAACAAAUCAUGUCCGGAGCCAUAGACUCAACGCUGUAG